GUUGUGACUUGUCUAACUGCGAAUUACGAAGUACGACAUUCAACAUUCUGCAAUCAACAAUAGUUAAUUUUAGUUGGUACCUACCCAGUGUACAGGCAUCAGAACUCUCCAAAAUUGUUCCACCAUCUUUAAUACAUCAAAAUAAUUUCUGUCUGUCUGCUUUAAAUAUAUUAAUAUAAAAAAAUGUCUUACUGUAUUGAUCAAGAAAAUGUGUUUAAUGGAUUAAACAAUGUUCAUAUCAAGAGUCCUGUUAAAAAAAUCCUUAAUUCCCGAGAUGAAAAUAUUCAAUUUGAAAAAAUGGAAGUUGAGAAAGACAGCAAAACGCCGGCUUUUGACCCACAAUUAGAACCCCUGCUGAGAGAAAACCCUCGUCGAUUUGUUAUAUUCCCCAUCCAAUAUCCUGAUAUAUGGCAAAUGUACAAGAAGGCAGAGGCUUCUUUCUGGACUGUUGAAGAAGUUGACUUAUCUAAGGAUUUGAGUGAUUGGGAAAGUUUAAAGGACUGUGAAAGACACUUUAUUAAGCAUGUAUUGGCGUUUUUUGCGGCAUCAGAUGGUAUAGUAAAUGAGAAUCUCGUAGAACGCUUCUCCCAGGAAGUUCAGGUGACUGAGGCGAGAUGCUUCUAUGGUUUCCAGAUUGCUAUGGAAAAUGUUCACUCGGAAAUGUAUUCACUUCUGAUUGAUACAUAUAUUAGGGACCCUAAAGAAAGGGAUUUCCUGUUCAAUGCUAUUGAGACUUUACCAUGUGUAAAGAAGAAGGCAGAUUGGGCUCUUCAGUGGAUUGCCAGUAAGACGGCCACAUUUGGAGAGCGCAUUGUUGCAUUUGCUGCUGUUGAAGGGAUUUUCUUCUCUGGAAGUUUUGCUUCUAUCUUCUGGAUGAAGAAGAGAGGUCUCAUGCCCGGUUUGACUUUCAGUAAUGAACUCAUUUCUAGAGAUGAAGGCCUUCACACAGAUUUCGCAUGUCUUAUGUUCAAACACUUGGUGCAGAAGCCAAGCAAAGAUUGUGUUUUAAAAAUUAUUAAGGAUGCUGUAGUCAUUGAACAGGAGUUCCUCACUGAUGCACUGCCUGUAAGACUUCUCGGUAUGAACUGUGAGCUGAUGUCAGAUUACAUUGAAUUUGUUGCUGACCGUCUUCUCAUGGAAUUGAUAGGAGAGAAGCACUACAACACAAAGAAUCCGUUUGACUUCAUGAACUUAAUUUCCCUGGAGGGUAAGACGAACUUCUUUGAGAAGAAGGUCGGGGAGUACCAGAAGUGGGGAGUGAUGGCAAAUCCUGAUGACAAUGUGUUCACUUUAGAUGCUGAGUUUUAAAUCUCUCUAGUUAGCGUGAAGCUCAUUCCAACACAUGUUCUACUGGCCGACCCAGUAUUAGUGAUAAAUUUCUAUUUUUCAGACUUAAGUGUAUGACUGUACUUAUCAGGUUCUGAGAAGGAAUUGAUGUACCUUGUAGCGUAUAAGGAGUAAUAUGUAAUAUAUUUUUAUUGUAUGUUUGUGUGUUUAGGCUAAGGAUAAUGAAGUGAUAUAAAUAAUAGUUUCCUAAUUUUUAUAAUGAAUCAGUGAGUACCUCAACUAACUCUUGAAUUUUAUAUAAAGAUUUGUGACAUGCAAUAAAUUAUGAUAAGCAACAA